AGGCCGCGCCGCCGCCACUCUCUAUCUCUCUCUCUCUCUCUCUCCCUCUCACGAUGCCGCCGCAGCCACCGCGGUCUGCAUCAGCAGUGCGUUCGCCAGUUGCAGCCGACAGCAGUAGCCGCGGAGCGUGAUCCGUCAGUUCUGUGCUUCUCUCCGCGACGACAGCCGUGUAAAGCUCUCAGUGCCUGUGCCGUUGAUACCGCCGCCGCUCGUUCGACCAGUGAAUAGUUGUAUCGUGGGACAGACUCGCCGAAACAAAGACGGAGCGCGCGCCUCGUCCCGUCCGUGGUGGAGGGCUGGCUGAUGCACCGGCCCGGAGGCGUCGGACCUGCCGCCGCCGACGUGCCCAACAUCAGUAGCAGUGGUACGGCCCGGGGCCUCGAGCACCACCACCACCACCACCAUCACCACCAGAGCGCGGCCGGCGGCGGCGGUGCGAUGACCGGCCCGCCCGGGGCUUUCCACUGGGGCGCGGUGCUGGCGGGUCACGCCGCCGGGAUGAUGCAGCCGCCCGGGGCUGACUACGCACCGGCGCCCGCGCACCACGCGGCCGCUGCCGCUGCCGCUGCCGGUCACCCGGCUAUGCCUAUGGAUCUCCACGUGUCGCAGGCCUUCCCCUACUACAGGUAUCGAGAGGACGCGCUGUGCUGGACGGAAAGGAAGCCGUCGAUGGACGAGGUCGUUAAUCCAAACUCCGUCAACGCUCGAUAUGACGAGAGGCACUACGCUUUUGAAAGCAUUCUGGAGCUGAGGAAGGAGAAGAGCAGGGACGCGGCGAGGUCGAGGCGCGGCAAGGAGAACUUCGAGUUCUACGAGCUCGCGAAGAUGCUGCCUCUGCCGGCUGCCAUCACCUCCCAAUUGGACAAGGCUUCGAUCAUAAGGCUCACGAUAUCCUACCUCAAACUACGGGACUUCUCCGGGCACGGCGACCCGCCGUGGAGCCGGGACACACCGCCGCCCAACAAGUCCGUCAAAGGUGCGAAUCGAGUGAGGUCGCCGGCGUCGCUGCCGGUGGACAUGUUCGAGCAGCUCCACGGCACCCACAUCCUGCAGUCGCUGGACGGUUUCGCAAUGGCUGUCGCGGCUGACGGACGUUUCCUGUACAUUUCCGAGACGGUCUCCAUCUACCUCGGACUCUCUCAGGUGGAGAUGACGGGCUCGAGCAUCUUCGACUACGUGCACCAGCACGACCACGCGGAGGUGGCCGAGCAGCUGGGUCUGGGCCUGACGAGCUCGUCCUCGUCCUCGGGGCCGCACUCGUCGAGCUCGGGGCUGGCGUCGCCGAGCAGCGGAGCAUCCGAGGAACAUGGUUCGUCAUCCACUGCGAAUCCCGACGUGUCGUCGGUCAUGUCGCUGACGGCGAGCGGACUGUACAAGGGCUACGACCGCGCCUUCUGCGUCCGCAUGAAGUCCACGCUGACGAAGAGAGGCUGCCACUUCAAGUCUUCCGGCUACCGCGUCGUUCUGCUGCUCUGUCGACUGAGGCCGCAGUACACGUUCAGCCACUCGAGGAAAUCGGCGCCGCCGCUCAUGGGGAUGGUCGGCCUGGCGAUCGCGCUUCCGCCGCCGAGCGUACACGAAAUUAGGCUCGAGGCCGACAUGUUUGUCACGCGCAUCAACUUCGACUUCCGGAUAGCACACUGCGAGCCAAAGGUGUCCGAGCUGCUGGACUACACGGCGGACGAGCUGACGGGCAAGAACCUCUACACCCUGUGCCACGGCGAGGACGCGAAUCGUCUGCGCAAGUCACACAUGGAUCUGAUCCACAAGGGCCAGAUACUCACGCACUACUACCGACUGAUGAACAAAAGCGGCGGCUACACGUGGCUGCAGACCUGCGCGACGGUCGUCUGCAACUCGAAGAACGCCGAGGAGCAGAACAUCAUCUGCGUGAACUACGUCAUCAGUGGCCGAGAGUACGCGAACCUGAUCAUGGACUGCUGCCAGCUGGAGGACGGCGUUACGGGCGUCAAGCGUGAAGACGCCGCCGGUAACGAUCCCGAGAACGGCUCUCCCGACGCCGACAGAGGAGAAGGCAGGAGCAGCGGAGGCCCGCCGAACCAACACCCCGAGCACCCGCCGCACAGGUCGCCGCACGACGACCGCGACGAGACCCGAGGCUCAGAGACCGACGUGCCCGGUCGAGGUGGUCGGCACCACGACAACGUAGUCGCCCAGCUUCAGCAGCAAGAGCCCCAGGUGACGACGGCGAGUCUCGGCAAGCUCCAGCAGCGGGGACACAAGCGGAAACUCGCCGCAGCCGCGGCUCCGGAGGACGACAGCAGCUCCGACGACGAGGACGACGACGAGGACUCGCCGAUGAAGAGCGCCACGACGCCCAACGGACGCAGCCACGCGCUCAGCCCGGCCUCCUCCAGCCACUCCGUCUCGGCGAACGAGCAGCUCAUGAGGACGGCCAGUCCCAAGGUGCGGCGAACCGAGGAGCUGGCCGACGCCCACCACGGAGCCGGCAGCGGCGCGGGCGGCACCUCCGUGAAAGACCUCGAGCAGGCGAUGUCGAAGCACCUGCCGGGCGCCGUCCUGGCCAAGCCCGACUCGCCGGCGAUCCACCAGCCCACGGACUUCAGCACGGACGCGCUGCUCAAGCAGCAGCAGCAGAAGUCGACGAUCCAGUGGAUCGGCGCGCACCACCACCUCGGCCACCUGAGCCCCCAGCAGUCGGGCGGCGGCCUGCCCGCCUCGGCCCUGCUGCGCCAGCUCUACGCCAACCGCGAGUCCGUCAUCCGGGCCAACGUCCACGGCAGCAACAGCCGGGCGGGCUCCGCCGGCGGCUACUACACCGGCGCGGAGAACCCCCAGGCCGGGCCCCUGCCCACGCCCCCGGGCUCAGAGGGCUCCUCCACCUACGGCGAGCACCAGUUCGUCCUCGCGGCGGCGCACAACCAGAAGCCCGCCGGUAGCGACGCCUUCACCAGCCUCGUCUCCUCGUACGCCUCGACGCCGGCCGGCUACGCCGUCGACUACCACUCGGCCAUGACGCCGCCCUCCUCCGUCUCGCCCCGCGACAAGCAGCAGCAGCAACAGCAGCACCAGCAGCAGCACCAGCAACAGCAGCAGCAGCAGCAGCAGCAGCAACUCGGGGUGAACAGCUACGAGGCGUCGGUCUACGGCGACCCGGUGCUGCGGCACCAGUACGAGCCGGCGCAGCCCCUGCCCCUGAAGCCGCAGGUCUACUCGGCCGUGCACCCCGGCGCCCUCGACGCGGCCUACAGCCUCGCGGCCGAGCAGCCCCAGUUCUACCACCACCCGGCCGCCGGCGCCGGAUUCCACCUCUACCACCCGAGCAACAAGGCCGCGGCCAACGGCUGGUACGGCUCGGCCUCCUAGUUGUAACGAGGACAGCCCGGCGGGACGCGUACUUAACCGAUGACGAGUGCAUAUCACGACCUAGUGUGAGUCUGCUUGUAUGUGUGUGCGAGUACAUGUGUGCGCGUGAAGCUCAUGAGAUGGGCCGAAAAGCCUGAAAGGCGGUCGCACGAUGGAAUCGUCGCGUGCGUAGGUUUGGGACGACUGUGCAUUAUUAUACACCCCGCGUUAUCUUCCGCGACCUGGCAUCCGGCUCUCGUACGCAGGUCGCGGCGAAAUUUACUUAAGCUCCAGAGCUCAUGAAUGUUUUCUUAGGAAAAUUUGUUAUAUUAUGUAAAUUAUUCGUUGAUAAGCCACUAUUAUACAUAUAAUUAUAGCGUAGGCGUAAUAACCGAAAAGAUUUCGUUUUCGCAAUACUUUGGAUAUGUUAUGAAAAUUAACGACUAACGGAUUAUGCUAUUGGUUUAUCAUUCCUAUACCUUCACCACCGGAUUCAUCGCUUCGCGAAGCGAUGGGAUGAAUAGGACUAUAAUAUAAGGGAGUAACAGAUUUUCGACCUAAAUUUAACGUGCAAUAAUUACAGUGACCCUUCCUUUUAUAAUUUAUCAGAUGCUGACUUGUUUUUAUAUUUUCUACUUCGUUGAGUAAAACUAUUUUUGUCAUCGCUGUAUCGUCGACAUUGUCAUACUGACCGGAUGAAGGCAUGUAUAUAAUUAUUGCAAGUGUAGCAUCGUUAACGGUAUAAAUGCAAGUAUCAAAUUAGACAAAAAAAGCGGUUAUAAUCACACCGAAACUCGACGACUUCCUGCGCGGUAUAUCAUAUCGCGAGCCAAGGCAUUACGCGAGCUUGUACAAAGAGACGAUGUACUACUUAUAUUGUGGCAGUAAACAAAAGAAUAUACAUUAACAAAAAAAAAUGAAACUGUUUCUCGUGCUUAUACGAAAUUCAAUUCGUACGUUUGAUCGUUCGUAGUCGUAUCAUAUAGGAAAACUUCUGCUGCUAUUCACGCGUCAGAGGUGCAUACACGAAAGGAAGAGAGGGGAACAUGAUCAAAAGCGAAUUGAAGAAAGUUCCUCUCUGUAAAUAAGCGAAAACUCAUCCUCGACGUGACCGAGAGCCGCCUCGACUUUAAGAAAAGGACAUAAGGAUUCACUUUUAGGCAUAUAAAUAAUCGCGCGCACUUAGGACACAGCCUCACGGCCUUACUCGCUCUUAAGUCAAAGAUUACGUUAUAAGUGCAAUAAAAAAAACGAGGGAAAACUCGGCACGCGUAGUCCUUGCGUUCUGUCGUGAAAAGUGUAAUCGAUUGACUCUGCGCGAGCUGCAGCUCUUUAGGCGAAACAAAAAAGUUUUAAGGGAUUUUUCGCGCGUCUGUAUUAUAUACAUAUUGUAAGUAAACGCUAUACCUAAUACAUGAAACUUCUCUCCUGCACGCACUUUCCGAUGAUUCAAUUUGUCCUUUUGCGUUCUUUGAAAGAAGGAAGACAAAGGUAAAACCGACGAAAGCUAUAUGUAUGCAGCGUGCGCGCGAUGUGUGAUAUAUCGAAGAUGAAUUAUAUUAUAUUAUAAAUAUUGAAUAUAAACUAUCAUAUAAACGAUGGCUGAACGAGUGAUUGCACGUGAGCUGGUGCAAUUGUGCGGUUAACUUAAGGAUUAUCAAUCUGAAUUUCAAUGGACAUUAAUGAGAAAAGACAACCAAGUUAUGCGCUAUACGUGUUAUCAUAUUUUUUGUUGACUUAGCUGUACAGAUUUACUUUACGAAUGUUAACUUUAAAACGAGCUGAAAGCCGACGUGCGUCGUAGUCGUAGUCAUCGUCGUUGUAUUAUUGCAAACCUCUGUUUUCCAUAUCACAAUAUCGAAGACAGUCGAUCAGUUGUAGUACUCGAACUUCGUCUCACACGUGAACUUAAUAGUCGUAGAUGACAAGCCGUUUAAGAAACACAAUUGGAUUAACGAUUUCUCGACGAUGACACAACUAGCACAAGUUAUUUCAUUCGUUUUGGCGGUAUGUGUCGAUUGGUUCGGAAAGCGAGCACACGCAUUUCGGGAUUCCGUAUUAGCGCGAGGAUUCGCGAAAUGAGAAAUAAAAAAAUGCGCAAAGUGGUGUACUACCGGUGACUAUAUACUUAAUCUCUCAAUUUCUCUCCGGGACACAGCCUGUCGUUUGUUUUCUUUUGUAACGCAUGAAAAUUGACACAAUACAUGGAUUUUAUAUGAAAAUGAAUAAA